AUGCUUCAUCACAACAGCACACAGUUCCACCCUUCUUCCUUCCUUCUGAUGGGGAUUCCAGGACUGGAAGAAGCACAUAUCUGGAUCGGCUUUCCCUUUUUUGCAGUGUAUCUAAUAGCCAUCUUGGGGAACAUCACUAUCCUACUUGUGAUCAAGACUGAACGCAGCCUACACCAGCCCAUGUUCUACUUCCUCGCCAUGCUGGCCUUUACAGACCUUGGCCUGUCUAUAGCCACCAUCCCCAAGAUGCUGGGGAUUUUCUGGUUCAAUCUCAGGGAGAUUGUGUUUGGUGCUUGUAUCACACAGAUGUACAUCAUUCAUAUAUGCACUGGUCUGGAGUCUGUGGUGCUGACUGUCAUGGCCAUAGAUCGGUAUGUUGCUAUCUGUAACCCCCUGAGAUACAGCAUGAUCCUCACAAAUAAGGUGGUAGCCAUCUUGGGCAUACUUAUCAUAGUUAGGACCUUGGUGUUUGUGACUCCAUUCAUAUUUCUCAUCUUGAGAUUGCCCUUCUGUGGUGUCCGCCUAAUUCCCCACACCUACUGUGAACACAUGGGUUUGGCAAAGUUGGCUUGUGCAAGUAUCAGGAUCAAUGUCAUCUAUGGUUUGAUUGCAUUCUCAGUGGGGUACAUUGACCUCUCCGUGAUUGGGUUUUCCUAUGUCCAAAUCCUUCGAGCAGUCUUCCGUCUCCCAUCCUGGGAUGCCCGGUUCAAGGCACUUAGCACAUGUGGCUCCCAUGUCUGUGUCAUGUUAGCUUUUUACCUACCAGCACUCUUCUCCUUCAUGACACACCGGUUUGGUCACAAUAUCCCUCAUUACAUACACAUUCUUCUGGCUAAUUUGUAUGUGGUAGUUCCACCUGCCCUUAAUCCUGUAAUUUAUGGGGUAAGGACAAAACAGAUAAGAGAUCAGGUUGUAAGGUUGCUUAACCCUAAAACUUACUAA